AUGGUUAUCAGUCACAAUACUUUGGCAUUUACCUUCGGCAUGCUAGGUAAUGUCAUUUCGUUCUUGGUAUUCUUGGCUCCAAUGCCAACUUUUUACCGGAUAUACAAGAAGAAAUCAACGGAGGGUUUUCAGUCACUGCCUUACUUGGUGGCAUUGUUCAGUUCCAUGCUUUGGUUAUACUAUGCUUUACUCAAAAGAGAUGCUUUUCUCCUCAUUACCAUUAACUCAUUCGGAUGUGUUGUAGAGAUGAUCUACAUUGUCUUGUACAUCACCUAUGCAACCAGGGAUGCUAGGAACUUAACUAUUAAGCUAUGUUUGGCAAUGAACGUGGGCUCCUUUGCUUUGAUCCUCUUCGUCACACACUUUGCUGUGCAUGGUCCCCUUCGUGUGCAAGUCCUUGGAUGGAUUUGUGUUUCUAUUUCAGUCAGUGUCUUUGCAGCACCAUUGAGCAUUGUGGCACAAGUUGUACGUACGAAGAGUGUAGAGUUUAUGCCCUUCAAUUUGUCAUUUACCCUCACAUUGAGUGCCAUAAUGUGGUUUGGUUACGGUCUCUUUCUCAAGGACAUAUGCAUUGCUCUUCCAAAUGUGCUUGGUUUUGUACUGGGGUUACUUCAAAUGCUGCUCUACAUAAUUUACAGAAAAGGAAAUAAGAAGACUAAUGCAAUGGAAAAGAGUCCGCCAGAGCCACUAAAAAAUAUUGUUGUAUCGACCCCGUUGGGAAGUGGAGAAGUGUUUCCUGUGCAGGAAGAUGAACAAACAAAAAAGAGUGAAGAAGAUAUAGACAAGAAAUAG